AUGGUGUCCUCGGACACAUCGCCCCACUACCAGUAUUCUCAAAUGGCUAAACACAACGGCCGGAACAGAGCAGCGUCUUUUAUCUCCGACGGGUUUCUCUUCGCCGUCGGAGCCCUCGUGGCCUUGCUGCUCAUCUGGACCAUGUGGUCCUUCUUCGGUUCCAACCCGAACCCGACCUCCAAUUUCUCCGCAUCCUCGUUCCCCGACCGGGCGUCCACCAUGCCGCAGGGGCAGGAAGCCUCCACCGCCGUAGGAGACGGAGCCCCUGGCUGCUCCGGAGCGCCGAAUUUGCGGGUAGACCCGCCCGUCCCGAACUUCUAUGACGAUCCGAAGCUGACGUACACCAUCGACUCCCCGCCCGUCAAGAACUGGGACGAGAAGCGGCGGGAGUGGCUCCGACAGCACCCGUCGUUCGCCGCCGGGGCCGACAGCCGGAUCUUCAUGGUGACGGGGUCUCAGCCGACGCCGUGCAAGAACCCGAUCGGCGACUACCUCCUCCUGAAGCUGUUCAAGAACAAGGUGGACUACUGCAGGCGCCACGGCAUCGACAUCUUCUACAACAACGCCCUCCUCCAGCCCAAGAUGUUCUCCUUCUGGGCCAAGACCCCCGCCGUCCGGGCCGCCAUGCUGGCCCACCCGGAGGCCGAGUGGAUCUGGUGGGUCGACUCGGACGCCGCCUUCACGGACAUGGACUUCGUCCUCCCGCUCGACCGGUACAAGUCUCACAACCUCGUCAUCCACGGCUGGCCCAACUUAAUCGAGAAGCGGAGCUGGACCAGCAUCAAUGCCGGUGUCUUUCUCAUCCGCAACUGCCAGUGGGCCAUGGACUUUAUGGACGUCUGGGCCGGAAUGGGCCCUCAGUCCCCGGAUUACGACAAGUGGGGCAAGACCCUGAGCGCAACCUUCAAGGACAAGAUAUUCCCGGAGUCGGACGACCAGUCAGGCCUGGUGUACCUAAUCCUAAACGAGAAGGAGAAGUGGGGGAACAAAAUCUACGUGGAGGGAGAGUACUAUUUCGAAGGGUACUGGAUGGAGAUUGUGGGCACGCUGGAGAACAUCACAGAGAAGUACAGGGGAGUGGAGAGAGAAGACCCUCGGCUGAGGAGGCGGAGGGCGGAGAAGGUGAAUGAGGCGUAUGGUCGGGUGUGGGAGGAGGAGCUCAAGGCCAAGGGAGCCGGAGAAGGGGGGAGGGGGAGCUGGAAGAGACCCUUCAUCACUCACUUCACUGGGUGCCAGCCGUGCAGUGGGGACCACAACCAGAUGUACUCGGGACAGACGUGCUUCGAAGCAAUGCAGAGGGCGCUCACCUUCGCAGACAAUCAGGUGCUCCGCAGCUACGGGUUUGCCCACCCGGACCUGCUCGACCCAGCAACGGUCACUCCUCUGCCCUUUGAUUAUCCUGCUUGA